AUGGUUGCAGUGGUUGCAAUGGGUGCAUUGGGCGCAGUGGGUGCAUUGGGCGCAGUGGGUGCAUUGCUUGCAAUGGUUGCAGUGGUUGCAGUAUGUGCAUUGGGCGCAGUGGGUGCAUUGGGCGCAGUGGGUGCAUUGCUUGCAAUGGUUGCAAUGGUUGCAGUGGUUGCAGUAGGUGCAUUGGGCGCAGUGGGUGCAUUGGGCGCAGUGGGUGCAUUGCUUGCAAUGGUUGCAAUGGUUGCAGUGGUUGCAGUAGGUGCAUUGGGCGCAGUGGGUGCAUUGCUUGCAAUGGUUGCAGUGGUUGCAGUGGUUGCAGUAGGUGCAUUGGGCGCAGUGGGUGCAUUGCUUAUUGCUUGCAAUGGUUGCAGUGGUUGCAGUAGGUGCAUUGGGCGCAUUGGGCGCAGUGGGUGCAUUGCUUGCAAUGGUUGCAGUGGUUGCAGUAGGUGCAUUGGGCGCAGUGGGUGCAUUGCUUGCAAUGGUUGCAGUGGUUGCAGUGGUUGCAAUGGGUGCAGUGGGCGCAGUGGGUGCAUUGGGCGCAGUGGGUGCAUUGCUUGCAAUGGUUGCAGUGGUUGCAGUGGUUGCAGUAUGUGCAUUGGGCGCAGUGGGUGCAUUGGGCGCAGUGGGUGCAUUGCUUGCAAUGGUUGCAAUGGUUGCAGUGGUUGCAGUAGGUGCAUUGGGCGCAGUGGGUGCAUUGGUUGCAAUGGUUGCAGUGGUUGCAAUGGGUGCAGUGGUUGCAGUAGGUGCAUUGGGUGCAAUUACAUGUCCUACAUGGGUUAAAUUAACUAUGGAUUAUUAUUUUUUUUAG